UCCAAACACGUCUGUUUUUGUCUCAAAGCCUUUUUACAUUCCUCAGCUUCACAAAGACACAGCUCCUCUCUUUUAUUCCUGACAGAAUGUAAGGUGACACCGCUCCUUUUCUCCUGCUUUUUACUCCUCUUUCCACCUUUCUCCUCCCAUCGGUCUGACAGAGAGGAAAGAGAGGGGGCUGAAAUCAGAGCUGGUGGGAGUGGAGGACGUUUUCUGUUUGUGGACGACCAAGAGGAGGGGGAAGGAGGUAGGAAAGGAGGGCAGUGAAGCAGCGACAGAGGGUGAGGAACUGGGACAAAAGUCUUUGAGAAAGAGAGAAAGGGCUGUGGAGUUUAUUUUCUGAGAAAGACGAGGAUUAGGAGAAAGAGGAAGAGCUGAACUUGGACUUGUGAGCACAUAUUGAGAGUGACGCAGGAGAGGGAGUGUGAAGAUGAAAGGAUGCUGCCGGGACCUGACGACGGACUGAGCCCGACCUGAACCCCUCUCCCCCUUCCUCCUCCCCCCCAACCCUCAAACCCCUCCGGCUGCCCCCCCCAUCAUGAACCUGCUGUGCCGCGGCCGCCUGAAGCUGCUGGUGGCGUCGCUCACGGCCGUCGUGCUGCUCACCUGGCUCUACCUGCUGGCUGGAAACCUGGAGAAUGGCCGCUCCCUCCUCCUCGCUCCCUGUCUGGCCGACACCCCCGCGGCCCAGGUUUUGGAACGGUCCGUCCUGGAGUCCAGGGUCCGAGAAGUGGAGGAAGAGAACCGACAGAUCCGGCUGCAGCUCAGCCAAUCACAGGGCACCGCAGCCCAGCCGCCGGACGGUAACUACGCCAACCAGCAGUGGGGGGCGUCGGCGGACACGGGGCCGGAGGACGGCGACAACACGGCGGAGGAGAAGAACAACCACACCGAGUGUCCCCGAUCGCCCCCAGUCCAGAAGUGUGAGCUGAUCCAUGUAGCCUGCGUUUGUGCCGGUCACAACGCCAGCAGAGACGUGGUCACGCUGGUGAAGUCCGUCCUCUUUCACAGGAGAAACCCUCUCCACUUCCACUUCAUCACCGACACAGUGGCCCAUCGGAUCCUCAGCUCUCUGUUCCAGUCCUGGAUGGUCCCCUCGGUGCAGGUCAGCUUCUACGAUGCAGACGAGCUCAAGUCCGAGGUGUCGUGGAUACCCAACAAACACUACUCAGGUAUUUACGGCUUGAUGAAGCUGACGCUGACCAAAGCUCUGCCCUCUGACCUCACCAAGGUCAUCGUCCUCGACACGGACAUCACGUUCGCCACCGACAUCGCCGAGCUGUGGGGCAUCUUCAGGAAGUUCACCGAUAAGCAGGUGAUCGGUCUGGUGGAGAACCAGAGCGACUGGUACCUGGGGAACCUCUGGAAGAACCACAAACCCUGGCCCGCGCUCGGAAGAGGAUUCAACACCGGUGUGAUCCUCCUGUACCUGGAGCGUCUGCGGAGGCUGGGCUGGGAGCAGAUGUGGAGGCUGACGGCCGAGAAGGAGCUGAUGAGCAUGCUCAGCACGUCUCUGGCCGACCAGGACAUCUUCAACGCAUUCAUAAAGCAGAACCCGGUCCUGGUGCACCAGCUGCCCUGCUUCUGGAACGUUCAGCUGUCAGACCACACUCGCUCCGAGCAGUGCUACACCGAGGUGUCCGACCUCAAGGUGAUCCACUGGAACUCUCCGAAGAAGCUGCGAGUGAAGAACAAACACGUGGAGUUCUUCAGGAACCUCUACCUCACCUUCCUGGAGUACGACGGGAACCUGCUGAGACGAGAACUGUUCGGCUGCCCGAGCCAGGCCAGCCCCGAGAGCGUGAAGCUGCAGGCGGCUCUGGAGGAUCUCGACGAGGACGAUCAGUGCUACGAUUUCCGGCGGGAGCGGCUCACCGUGCACAGAGUUCACCUGUACUUCCUGCAGUACGAGUACACGCCUGCAGAGGACGACACAGACAUCACGCUGGUGGCUCAGCUCUCCAUGGACAGGCUGCAGAUGCUGGAGGCCAUCUGUAAGCACUGGGAGGGGCCCAUCAGCCUGGCGCUCUACAUGUCGGACGCUGAGGCGCAGCAGUUCCUGCGCUACGCUCAGGCCUCCGAGGUCCUCAAGAACCGCAAGAACGUGGGGUACCACAUCGUGUACAAGGAGGGCCAGUUCUACCCCGUCAACCUGGUGAGGAACGUGGCCCUGAGGAACGCCAACACGCCCUACGUCUUCCUCACCGACGUCGACUUCCUGCCCAUGUACGGACUCUACGAAUACCUCAGGCGGUCGGUGGUGCAGCUGGACAUGGCUCACACUAAGAAGGCUCUGGUGGUCCCAGCCUUCGAGACGCUCCGGUACCGUCUGUCCUUCCCCAAAUCCAAAGCUGAGCUGCUCUCCAUGCUGGACAUGGGGACCCUCUACACCUUCAGGUAUCACGUGUGGCCCAAAGGUCACGCUCCAACAGACUAUGCCAAAUGGCGGACGGCCACCACGCCGUACCGGGUGGAGUGGGAGGCGGACUUCGAGCCGUACGUGGUGGUGAGGCGGGACUGUCCCGAGUACGAUCAGCGCUUCGUCGGCUUCGGGUGGAACAAGGUGUCGCACGUCCUGGAGCUGGACGCACAGGAGUACGACCUGAUGGUACUGCCGAACGCCUUCAUGAUCCACAUGCCGCACGCUCCAAGCUUCGACAUCUCCAAGUUCCGCUCCAGCUCGAGUUACCGCAACUGCCUGAACACGCUGAAGGACGAGUUCCACCAGGACCUGUCCAGGAAGUACGGCUCGGCGGCGCUGAAGUACCUCACGGCACAGAGGAACAUCUGAGGAGCUGAAAACAAAAUCGAGUCCGUCGGACAAAUGCUAACGCUGCGCCGCGGGACCGCGAGGACGCUCACAAAGACGGUUCCAAAGACGGUAAAGCUUUACGGCCCUUUGUGGACAAUCUCGGGCUCCUGUGCAUUAAAUUCUCCAGUCGACGAAGAGACGGACGGGGUUUCGGGCUGAGAAGGCGGCGGAUGUGGACUAGCUUUAAUGCCGGGGAAUAAUUGGUACAACUUGUUCUGACAAUCAGGGCUUUUUCUGUCCGGAUGACGGGGAAGAUUUAAAGGAGAAGACGACGUUUCUAAGGGCCAGUCGGACUGGAGAUAAGCCUUAUCACUCUCCAUACUGACAUAUUUAAUAUUUCCUUUCCAGUGUAAAUCAAAACCAAUGAUAACAAACCAUGUUUGGACUUUACAUACGUUUAUUUGAUCCUUCCUAUAUUUUCUGACCUCCUUUUUUGUCCCGGGCGAAUAAUCUCUGUGAGCUUCAGGGAUGGUGUGUGUGUGUGUGUGUGUGUGUGUGUGUGUGUGUGUGUGUGUGUGUGUGUGUGUGUGUGUGUGUGUGUGUGUGUGUGUGCGCGCCACUGAUUGUUGUCGACGUCCUCCUCGCUUUGCUUGCAUGUAAAGAGUUGCACUACAUGUUCUCACGCGAAGUCAUUUUUCAUGUCUCCAUGAAUCCUCCCAUUCAUAUCUGUUGAUGAUCAAACAGUAUAUAUCAUUACUGGGACCAGCUCUAUUAGCUCUGAGUCACACCUGAGAAGUAGCUUUAUGUGACUUUAUUUUGUCCUGCGUUGCAGCUUUAAUGUGUCUGAAUCACUGGAGUUUUGUGCCAUCUACUGAUAUGCUUUUAUUUUGAAAAGUCCAACUGAAAUGGCAAACUCAGAUAAACAAACGUUUUGGGGGUUUUUAUGCUUCUUUAGCCUCCAAACGAGUAAAACAUGUGAAUCAUUAGUAUUUCAAGAUCACAUGUUGUGUCUAAUUAGGAUAGACAUAAACCAUGUUAUAUUCAGAAGGAUAUAUCUACUUUAAUACUCUGACAUACCAUAGUAAUACACAAAAGAAGACUUAGCUUGGAAGCUAACGUUAGCUGCAGGUUAAAUACAAAAUGCGAUUACAUUUAGUAUUUUCAUUUCAGUCCUCCGAGACGUUCUAAUCCAUGUCCUAACAUUUCAGAAACUGGUGGAAAAUAUUCAUUCCAGUGUCACGAGUUGCAAGCUUUGAAUGUCAGAAAAAAAACACAAUAUUGGGAAAAAGAAAACGGCUUUUAAAUACGUGUUGAAUUUAAAUGCUUACUUUAAGGGUUAAUCAGUGAUAACAUGUGACAUCAUGAUUUCAGUUGGACUUUGAUUUUGUAAUUUCAUUGUUUUGAAAAUAAUGAAAUUCAUUCUGGACGGUUCCUCUCGACGGUGUCGUCUCCGCUGCCGCUGACUUUAUGAUUUUGCUGAAUGUCACCUUUCGUCUUCUACUGUCAGAUUGAGAUUUGAUUGACCAAAACUUUGGCCCCUGAAAAGAUAUAUCAGUAAUAUAUUUUGUAUAAAAGUUAUGAGUAAUUUAAACAUUUCAAUGUUUAUGAAGCUCCCCAGAGGAUGAUCCGAAUGUUGUGAGGUCUUUAACUUCACUCGUCAGCCCAAAUAGACGUUGUUCGGACUUUUUCUCAAAUUCGUUCAUAUUUUAGUUUUGUCUGUAUUUAAACCUUUCAGUGCAGAGUCCGGCUCCCCAGAGGAUGAUCUGAAUGUUUAAAGGUCCUUAAAUGUGCCUUUUUGCGUCAAAUAAUAAGAAUCGUGAGGCUUACUUCCAUUUAAAUUGAACUUAUUGGCCGUAUUCAACAUUUCAGUUUAUGUUCAAGCUCCCCAGAGGAAAAUCCUAAAGUGCUAAAGGUCCUUAGCUCAACUUUCUUAGCUCAAAUACUUAAAUAUGUGGGGUUUCUCUUCUCAGUCUCAUUUAUAUUUAAGUGUUUGUCCAUAUUUAAACAUGCAUAUUCAAGCUCCCCAGAGGCUGAUCUGAACAUUUUAAGGUCCUCAACUUUCAUAUUUUAGCUCAAAUUGACUUAAGAUGUGGGACCUCUGUCGUCAUUUACACUUAAAUUUAAGUUUUUGGAGACAUUUAAAACUUUCAGUGUAUUUCAAGCUCCCCAGAGGCUGAUCUGAACAUUUUAAGGUCCUCAACUUUCAUAUUUUAGCUCAAAUUGACUUAAGAUGUGGGACCUCUGUCGUCAUUUACACUUAAAUUUAAGUUUUUGGAGACAUUUAAAACUUUCAGUGUAUUUCAAGCUCCCCAGAGGAUGAUCCCAUAUGUUCACGGUCCUCAAAUGUACUUUUGACUCAAAUAAAUAUAAGUUUGAGGUUUCACUUCCAUUUAUAUUGAAAUUAUUGGCCGUUAUUUAAAAUGUCAGGGCAUAUUUAAGCUCCCCAUAGGAUUAUCCAAAUGUUUUAAGGUCCUUAGCUUUGAUUUUUUAGAUCAGAAUCUGGAAACUCGUCAUUUCCACUUAUAUUAAAGUUUUGGGACACAUUUGAACGUCUCAGUGUAAAUUCAAGCUCCCCAGAGGAUGAUCCCACAUUCUUAGGGUCCUGAAAUUAACCUUUUUGAGUCAAAUAAAUAGAAUUUUGAGGUUUCACUUCCAUUGAUAUAUAAGUGUUUGGACACAUUUGAACGUCUCAGUGUAAAUUCAAGCUCCCCAGAGGAUGAUCCCACAUUCUUAGGGUCCUGAAAUGAACCCUUUUUGAGUCAAAUAAAUAGAAUUUUGAGGUUUCACUUCCAUUGAUAUAUAAGUGUUUGGACACAUUUGAACGUCUCAGUGUAAAUUCAAGCUCCCCAGAGGAUGAUCCAAACAUUUUGAGGUCCUUAACUUCACUUUUUUAGCUCAAAUGAAGGAGAAGUUGAGGCCAAUCGUUCACUUUUCUCUUCCCAUCACAUUGUCCGUUUAUGUUCUUGUUUCCCUCGUGCAUUCGGACAGACGGCAGGUGGAGAAGAGUUAAAACUAGUAUAAUUUCCACAGAAAAAGGCGGGAGUGAUGGUGUAUGUGACGGGGAGCCCUGCCCCCCCCCCUCCAUUGACUUGUUGUUGAUUGUGGUUGAUGCUAGUGCCUUUGCUGUAUUGUGAAACUGGAUAUUGAUUGUACUGUUGUACCGACAGGCCUGGGGAACGUCAGGCACUCUAUUUAUUAUUGGUGACUCAAAUCGAUCAUAUUUUUAUAUGUAAGUGCUUUAAAUAAAAUUGCCCUUUUUCAAA